AUGACACCGCCCAAGCCCAUUUGCGGGGAGGAAAAGCCUCAAGCACGUGAAAGAACCUCUGUCAGCUACGAGUUUGUGCUUGAGGAUGAGUUUGACGCGCUGUGUGUUGAGGUGAAGAGGAACGACGGUGACUCUAGCGGUAAAAGCAGCAGCGGUAACAAGUAUCCUGCAAAACUUCAUGCGCGCAAGGUUGUCAAGGAGCUUGGCGUUACCGAUGGCCUCAUCUACCUUCCUGGUGAGCCUACGCGGCUCUACGAGGACUCAGACCAAUCGCCUCCUUUCAAACAACGGAGAUACUUCUACUAUAUGAGCGGCGCCAACUUUCCUGACUGUGUUCUCACUUAUGAUAUCGCUACGGAUCGUCUCAUUCUCUGGAUUCCCUACGCUGAGCCGCGCCAGGUCUUAUACCAUGGCCCAACUCCAGACGCCGCCGAGGCCAUGCGAAAGUAUGAUGUUGACGAUGUCAGAUACACUGCUCAACUGCAAAAGUUCCUCCACAGUCAGCUCCGUCCUGAGAGGACUCUUUAUGUCAUCCAUACAGACCAGGCUCCUAAGCUUCACGACCGGCCUCGAGGACAGACCAAGAUCAACUGCUCCAAGUUGCGUCCUGCCAUGGACCAGGCCCGCGUAAUCAAGACAGAAUACGAAGUUGCGCUCAUCCGUCGUGCUGCACGCAUUUCAGCCGCCGCGCAUCGUGCUGUUGCCGAACGCCUUCUGACUAUGCGCAACGAGCAGGAUGUCGCAGCAGUUAUUCUCGCAGCUUGUACUUCACGUGGUGCACAUGUCCAGGCGUACCCAAUCAUUGCUGGUGCCGGUGUCAACGCCUCCAUAUUGCACUACGAGUCCAAUGACCAGCCACUUGAGGGAAACCAACUCAUGGUUGUCGAUGCUGGGUGUGAGUACCAAUGUUAUGCCAGCGACAUUACUCGCACCCUUCCUAUCAGCGGCUCUUUCUCAAAGCAAGCCUCCGCAAUUUACUCCAUCGUGCAGCGCAUGCAAGAAGAGUGUAUCGCACGUGUCAAACCCGGCACUAUUUACUAUGAACUGCAAAUUCAUGCCAGCGACGUUGCUCUUCAAGGUCUGCGCAAGUUGGGUCUCUUGCGAGGUAGCUUUGAUGAGAUCCAAAAGGCGGGUACUGUUGCAGCUUUCUUUCCCCACGGUCUGGGCCAUCACCUUGGUCUUGAAGUCCACGAUGUCACCGGUGAUGAGCGUCUCCUAAUGCGAGACAACUUUCACGUCGAGGGCGGAAAGCGUGAGAUGGUGACUGCUGCCGCGUUGGUGGCCAUGCACCGCCUGGCUUCAACCACAGGCCCAAUCAAGCCGAGACAGGCUCUUCAGCCUAACAUGAUAGUUACAAUUGAGCCAGGAAUCUACUUCUGCCGUCCUUUCAUUGAGGGAUACUUCUUGAACAACUCGACACAUGCAAAGUUUAUCAAUCGUGACCUCCUCGAGACAUAUUAUCCCGUUGGCGGCGUGCGUAUCGAGGAUGAUAUCCUUGUUACGUACGGAGGUUAUGAAAACCUGAGCUCUGGUGCGCCCAAGGGUGACGAGAUGCUUGACGUAAUUAACGGCAAUUUUGAGAAGAUUUAA